AGAACAAGGAAGGGGAUCUUUUACACCGAUUAGUUUUCAUACCUUUAACCGGGUUUCACCCAGAUUUUUACAGCACCGGACGCUUGACCGGAUAAAUUGUUAUCAAAAUUGGCUAGUAGAGCGUUGUUGCCGGCGUGCAUUACGGUUUUUGUGGAAAGGAUCGAUCCCCCUUGAAUAGUCUCAUCCCCUUUUUUGAAGGGAUGAAUUACAUAAAAAAGCUUAAUUGACAUUGAAUACAACUUUACAAAAAAAAUACAUAUAAAAUUUCAUAAAAACUCGGAACUCAGUAUCCCGCAGUGCAAACAAGACACGACCAAUAAGAAUAAACCUAUUAAUUAAUUACCCAAUAAAUGUGACAUUCACUCAUUUUACAGAAACCUAACGUGUAAUUAAAGGCUAAGUAUUUUACUAUAAAAAAGUAAUUAGCACAGAAAUGUGCAUUUAAUUAUGAUUUUACGAGAGAACUAAAAAAAGUGGAUUUGAUUUUUGUGGGGAAAGUACCCAAAAAUGUGUCACAGUGUGAAAUAGUAGAGAUGCCACAGAGUUGUCUUUUCCUUGAUUGAUUGAUUGAUGGAUGGAUUGGACACCUGUUAAAAGUUGACGGUUGGCAUUUCAUCUGGCUGAGGGAAUGAGAUGUUUAGUGUUUAACACACACACGUCUCAUAAAAAAAUAUAUUGAUGAGUUAUUGCAUUGAUUGUUUCGUCCCUUGAAUUUUGAUUACUUGAGCAUACCACGAUUGAAUGACACAACUCAAUAGUUUAGUUCUGGUUAGAUUUGCUCAAUUUAUGAUUUAUUCCUGUGACUCUCAUCCUCAGUGAUCUACAUGUAUGUACAUAUACAUACAUAUGUACGUAUUUAUUAGAUAAAGUGCUUGUGAAUACUAAAUUAAAUACGAGUUUCUCGGAAUUUUUAUAGACUUGAAUCACUAGAAAUUUUGACUUUAUGCAUCAUCACAAUCAUCAGCAUUAUCAUCACCUUCCAGAGGAUCAAGACGAGGAAGGAGCUGGAAUGCAGGACGUUAUCCAAAUGUGCAGCAGUUUCGACGCUUCGAAGUCCACCAAAGGAGCGAGCAAGUUGAGACGAGACUUGAUAAAUGCAGAAAUUGCGAAUUUACGCGAUCUCCUCCCUCUGCCAUCCUCCACCCGGCAGAGGCUCUCCCAACUCCAACUCAUGGCCCUCGUCUGCGUCUAUGUGCGGAAGGCAAACUAUUUUCAACAAGUGUUCAAAAGACAUCACGAAAUGGGUCAUCCUUUUACCACGCCAAACAUCGGUUUCUCAAAGUCCAUGAGUGGAUUCCUCAUAAUGAUGACACAGAAUGGAAAACUGCUCUACAUAUCGGAUAAUGCUGCCGAGUACUUGGGUCAUUCGAUGGAGGAUUUGCUUAUUCACGGCGACUCAGUUUACGACAUAAUCGACAAGGCAGAUCACGGCACGGUACAGACGGAAUUGCUUCGGAAUUCUCCUGGCAGUGGUGGGAACGCGUCUUCACUUCCGGGAGAAGAAUCUCGUCUAUUUCUUUGUCGUAUGAAUGUUUCGAGAAAUGCAAGAAGGCAGAUGCGAUUCGGUGAUCAGAAGGUGGUGCUGCUCCAAGGCCGGUACUUGUCCUAUCUUCCCCUGUGUUCGAGAAAUGAGCCCGUCUUUAUCGGGUCUUGCACCCCUGUCGCGAUGCCGGAAACUAGAGAGAGUGUCGUCCAAGGCGCUACGAACGUCUUUACCACAAUCCACGCCAUGGACAUGAAGUAUAUGAAUUGCGACAAAAAUGGGGAACACUAUUUAGGUUAUAGUCGACAAGAGCUGGGAGGAGUGUCGUGGUAUCACCUCGUCCACUGGAACUACAUGAGAGAGGCGCAGGGCAAACAUCGACUCAUAAGUCAGUCCGACCAAGAAAAGUCGUGCAUCCUUCUCCUUAGAAUGGAAACUCGCGGAGGGGAGUGGUUAUGGGUUCACUGCGUCCUCCAAGUGAAGGAUGGGACGGAUUCAAACUCUAGUUCACAGCCCCACCCCACUCAGUCCGUCAUCGUGGCCACGAACCAAGUACUGAGUGAACGCGAAGCCGGAGUGAUGCGCGCAAACUCUUGGUUGUACCACUACUACACUGUGCAGACAAAGUUGCAAUAUGGACUCGCUUAUCCUGACGCUGCCACCGCGGCCGCUGCAGCCGCUGGUGCGACGGCAUCACAAUUACAACAAUUGCAACCUUCAGCCGCUGCCAGGCUGGCUGCUGCUGCCGCGUAUUUUCCCACGACCUAUGACCCCACUCAUUAUCAUCACCAUCAGAUGGUGCAACAAGGGUUGGCUUCGCCUCACCUUCAUCAUGGUCACCCCCACCCAAAUGGAAAUGGGUAUCCCUACGGUGCUCAUCCCAUCCCGCAUUACGCUCCGCCACACCCACACCAUCACCAGUACGAACAGGGCGUUAAGGACAAGGAGUCUCCUCUAGAUUUUAGUCUGUCGUCGUCCGCCUUCGACCCUUACACCUCCGCCGCUUCUGCCUACUGGUCUCAUCACCACUCCCAGGGUCAAAGUCAGCAAUACCACCACCACCAUCACAAUCAUUCCUCCUCCACCCACGCAGCCCAAUAUUAUUCUAACACAAUCAAGACGGAAAGUGUUCUUAGUCCUUCCAGUGUAACUUCUCCUUCACAAAAUCACCAUCAGCAACAACAACAACAAGCCCCCCAACAGUCUUGGAGUUUGUCAAUCUCUUCCUCUAAAUCACAAGUGCAUAUCAGUACGACCAAUAUUUCUCCCGUGUCCAACAGCUCCUCCUCAACUUCCCUCCCGGGUAGGAAGCGUUUCAAGAAGGGUGGUUCCAUGGUGUCGUCGAGUGGAAGUGAAUCCUCAACUUCAGCAUCGCCACCUCCAUCCGUUGCACAAAGGGGCACUUUCUCCGACUCUCAUCAUGGCCACUCGUCCUCUUCCGCGUCAGUGGCGACUGCAUCCAUUUCCAGCGGUCAUACGGCUCGAACUAGAAAUAUUUACAAAGGUCUGGAUGGGGAAAACAGUUCCACCAUGGUGGGAAUGACGACAUGUCCACUGACACCUUCUCCCGUCUGGGAAGGGCAGACUCAGAGAGUGCCAGAUCUCGCAACCAUUACCCAUCACAGCCAUAAUGGGCAUAGUGGACAUGGUCACCCUCAAGGGGAACGAGACUUGACCUGUUAUAACAACAUUAAUAGCAGCGAACUCAUCCAUUGUGUACCCACUUAUCUUCCAUACAGUUCAGGAGUGACACCGUCGUCAAUUCCAAGCACCCCCAAUUUCCCAGCAGUCGCAGCAUAUCACCAUCCGUACAGCUAUGGUUUCCCUCUUCCACCUUAUCACCAUCUUCCCCAGGGGGAUGGAAACAGUGGGGGCAGCCCGAACAAGGAAAACAGACUUCCACCUACUCCCGAGUCUGACACCAAUGAAAAUGAGGAAAACAAGCCAAUAAAAUGGGAGAGUUUAUGAGCCAAAGUGACGUCUGUGCUGGACAUGAAGAUAUCAAAUCAAGAAAACCAAACCACCACAACGCAUCUACAUCUAUACCAAACAAAAUCGCACCCAAGUUCUGUAAAUCUAAUUGAAAUCAAGUCCAAGGCAAUAAUAUUGCUACGUGCAUACAUAAAUCGGAUCUGCUGAUCUGUUUUCCAUAUUUUGUGUCUUAAUUACUCGGAUAAAACGUCUCAAUUUAUUCAAUUGGUUGCAUUAGCAUUUUUAAAGCCUUAAUUUUUUAUCAAAAUGCCCCUCACACUUUUAUGUGGAAUUCUGUGUAGAAUUCCAAUCACGAACCCCAAUAGUUCACCAUUACGUUAGAUAAAAAAACAUCCCUUGAUUCCUCUACGAAAUGUGUAUGAAUAAUGAUCCAACAACUGAGUCAAAGUUCUUUUAUCUCAUUCUGAGUAAAGACACAAAAUGAGACAAAGUUACAACAACAACAACGGUAGAUAUACAUGCAUAUGCACGUAGUAAGUAAGUAUGAAACAAUAGGGUGAGCAGAACAACAAGCAAAGUUAGUUGGGUAUUUCUUAUUCAUUCCUUUGCUUCACAUCACAAACACAAGUAUGUUAACGAAGCCCUUUUGUUUCAAAAGACAAAAAAUUACAAACCACAACACAAGACAACGUGUGAGGUGAGGUGAGAUGCUCAUUAAUUAUCAACCCAUUGUGGAAUAGUUAAGCAGUAUAUAAUAUAGCAUAAUCAGGGAGAAAAUGAGUAAUUGCUCGAUUUUGUUUAAACAUGUUUAAUUGUAUCCAUUUCACUCAUGAUACGGAUUCUAUAAUUAAUUAGGUAUAAUAUUUUAAGUGAAUAUCUUAACCAGCUGCACUUAUUUACAUACUUGUGAAAGACCGGCAUCGUAGUAUACACACCUAUGCACGAAGGCCAUGCAACUUUGUCGGUGGUAGCCUAGACCAAAAAUUGUGUAUUUUUUUGCAAAUAUUAAUACAUAGGAAUAGCUUAAUUAAUUUAAUCAGACUGUGCAUACUGUACAGAUGUCAGAGAAUACAUCACAUUAAACGCAAGCAAGGUAUGACAAUAGCUUUAGCUAAAUUAUGUGAGUGAAUUCAAUAUAUAUACAGAUUAAAUAUAAGCAUAUGAAAUAUUUGUAAAGUUUCGAUACAUACAAUUAAUUACUUAUUUAUGUAUUGUGUAACAAUUAAUCAAAGAGUAUGGUCACAUAUAUUAUGCGAUUGAUGAGAUAGCAAAUAAAUACAAAAAUAUCGAAAAACA